ACGAAGAUUUCGGGCUCACGUUCCGGAAAAAGAGUCGGCUCCCAUGAGGUGCGACUUUAUUUCCAGGACAGAAGUUUUUUCUGCCCGCAUAGGGCUUCGCCGGUCACAGUUUCCUGCCCCCUGCUCUGCGCCUUCUCUCUAUUUCCCCGACUCGCCGGCGGUAGCGACCCAGUCGCUCGCCCAUUUCUCGUACACUCAACCCAUACAGCCGCCAGCGCUUGCCAUCUUGCUGGAGAUCCAUUCCUGUGAACUCCCCAUUGCUGGAGCCGUCGUCACUGGAGCGGUACCGUUUUACACAUAGCCCUUGUGAUCCAAAUGGUUGACUGGAAGAAUGAAAUAUCAUGGAUUUCUUGUCGUAUUCACUAUGAAUCUAAACUGACCUUUGUAGCCUGGUGAAGUUCCUAACGCUGAUGAACAGGCUACAUGGGCAUUGGCUUCCAUGUUCUAUUGACAUGGAGUUCUGGCCACCUUGUAUAGUAAUAUCAACCAUUGGAUUUUCUAAGCCAGGGAGUUUGGAAGGCAAGAACACAAGGCAGUGCCAACGGUUUGCAUAUCAAUGGCUGCUUGUUAUUCAGUUGCUGAUUUCCUGCAUAUUUUGAUUGGUCUGGCCAUACACAAUGGCUUCAAUUUUGUCCACACGCUUUCUGAAUAUCACUAUAGCCUCUUUCUGCAAAGCUAAAAACCUGGAAAAAGCAGAGGCUCUUUUAAUUGAUGGGAUACAACUUGGUUAUUUGCCAGAUGUGGUUACGUACAACACCUUGAUAUCUGCAUACUGUCGUCUCAUUGGGCUGGAUGCAGCAUAUCCUAUACUCAAUAAAAUGAAAGAAGCAGGAAUAAUGCCAGAUACUAUUACCUACAAUACUUUAAUUGUUGGUGCUUCUCGAGGUGGCUCAUUUAAUCGAUCUCUGGAUCUAUUUGAAGAAAUGUUGCAAGCUGGGAUCUCACCAGAUAAUUGGACUUAUAAUAACUUGAUCCACUGUUUCUUCAGAACUGGAAAGCCAGAGACAGCAUACAGUAUAUUCCUUGAUAUGGCCAGCAGGCAACUCUGUCCUUCCUCAACUACAUACAAUAUUAUCAUCAAUGGCCUCUGCAAGACUGGCAAUACUGGUAGUGCUGUUAAACUAUUCAGGAAAUUGGAGGGGCUUGGCUUUUCAGAGAUAGUUACUUAUAACAUAUUAAUCGAUGGUCUCUGUAAGGCAGGGAGAUUGGCUGAAGCAAGGAAGCUCCUGAAGGAGCUUGGGCAAUCGGGUUAUAUUCCCAAUGCCAUAACAUACACUACCGUCAUGAACUGCUGUUUUAAAUCAGGGAAAAUCGAACAAGGUCUGCAACUUUUCUCCGAAAUAAAAUCCAAAGGCUAUUCAACUGAUAUCUUUGUGUAUACCACCGUGAUAAGUGCAUUAUCUAGACUGGGGAAGACAGCAGAGGCUAAUGCUUUCAUUGAGCAGAUGAUGAGCAAGGGAAUUGCAAUGGAUGUUGUUUCAUAUAAUGCUAUCAUUAAUAAUUAUUGUAGAGAAGGAAACUUAGAUAUUGCAUUCCAGUUGUUGAAUGAAAUGGAAGAAAGGGGUCUAAAAACUGAUGAAUACACUCACAGCAUAUUGAUUGAUGGCCUAUGCAAGGCAGGGAAUGUAGAAGCUGCCAGUAAACACUUCCACUACAUGGAAAUGAAGGGAUUCCACUCAAGCUUGGUAGCUAGAAAUUCUUUGGUUCUUGGUUUUUGCAAUGCUGGUCGUGUAGAUAUUGCUACCAAUCUUUUCAAUGAGAUGGAGAUUAAAGAUCCGUUCACAUAUACAUCUUUACUGCAUGGUCUUUGCAAAGCAAAAAACUAUCGCAGUGCAUACAAGCUCUUGCUAAUAUGUUUAAAGAACGGCAUAAAGGUCCUUAGUGCCACUCAUCGUGCUGUUCUGCUUGGACUUCAUAUUACAGGCUUAUGGAAAGAAAGAAGGAAGCUUAGAGCGGCUAUUCGCAAGGCAAAAUUUGUAAAAUACUGAACAUGAAACCAAAAGCUGAGGUACUUUUGUGUAUGAUAUAAAUGCUUACAGAGAAGCGGACUAGCUUACCAUUUUGAUAUGGUUAAUUCUUCCUUAUUGUGUUUGUCAUAUCCAACCACAACCAAAGGAGAAGUCUCCUGAAUCAAUUAAUGCUGGUCAAAGACCCGCAAAAGAAAAAAAAAAAAGAGCUCAGAUGUACAUAGGAGGAAAAGGAAUCCUUAAGUUGGAAUAUAGUACAACAUCAGUGUUAGCAGAGAAUGAAUGUCCCAAGUGUCAGAUUUCUGCAGCAGGUGUACAUUAUUCUUUAUAUGCCCCAUUUUCGUGCUAUCUGCAGGUCAAUGCUGAGCAUCUGAUAUAUUAUCAGGGCCAUGGACCACUCUAUAUUAUAUGUGCAAUAAAAGAGAAGAGGGCGGACAUUGAGAAUAUAGGGUGUAGCCGAGCCUGGCCAUCCUUAUUGGAAAAAGUUAUUCCUUAUUGGAACUAGGCCUGACCACUUCCUUCUUCAGUGCAAGAUUGCUUACCAGGAUACUUGUAUUGGCUUUAGUGGUUCAAGAAAAGGUGUCCUUUCAGUUAACACUCGUCUUAUAUUGUUCAUGCUGAUAGUAAAAUGCACUUUGUGCCAGGAGCAGAACCAUGUGUGUGCUUGUGUGGGCGCUCAAAUCCUUUUACAUAUGAAGCUGUACCAGGGUCUACUUGCAUGGGAUGUCCUCACUAUACCCUGGCCUGCGCAUUGUAGGCUGUAAAAAUGCCCCCAUAGUCUCAUACAGCGAAUGUGAUUGGAGUCUCAUCCUGGUGAAUGAUGAACUCUCCUCAUGUUACUGCUGCUGCCGUUCGUGGUGCUUCCCUACAGAAAGCAAUGCCACGCUGACUGGGCCUUCCCAGCAUCCCAUAUCUGCCGAGAGUCUCACUGUCCACCGGCCGCCUGCUGCGGGGAUUAUGGGUUGUGGAUGUGGGAAGUUGCCUUUGAAUAAUUUAUAGUUAGAAGCUUUGUCUUGGUUCACAGUUUAAUCAACAGACGCAUGGCUAUUGAUCUCGAUCAUCCAGAGCAUUUGACAAUGCUUAGGCUUCUUUCGGUGGGAAUAGUCGACAGUGGGGGCUGGGGGCUGAGUUCUUUAACUGCUAGAACGAAACGUGGAGUUGCACAGCUCAUGCCGGACUUGAUUUCUCAAUGCCAAAGCAAAAAAUUAAACGUUUAAUUUUGUGAGAAAUCUGCCAUGGCGAGAAUGGGUCAGCUCCUGAUGGGUCACCCCAAAGAAGUUUGAGAAGGCACAGUGUUUUUGGGAGUUUCCUUGAGUUUUUAAGUUCUGGAUAGCUUGUCAUGCAAUAUCUCAAAAGAACGACAGUUUAUGUACGAUUUGCUGUCAUGUUGGUCUCUUCACCUGUCUUCAUCUAAACCAACGUUCCCACAUUAAUUAGAACAAAUUGCAAAUUACUGCUCAAUGUUUCAACAUUUUAUGAAACGCUACUUCACCUUUAA